UCUUCGAGUUCCCCUCCUCGGUAGCCCGCUCCUUUGCCUGCUCCUCGACCUGGCGCGCGGUUGGCUUGCGGAGGCAUUUGAAGAGGGUCUUGAAAACGGAGAAGGCCUUCUUCAGCAAGUUAGGCUUCUUCUCCGGGGCGGGGGCGGGUUCUUCGGCGGUCUUGGUCUUUUCGUUGGUGAUGGAUUGGUCUGCCUCGGAGGCGGCGGGCUUUUGGUCCUGAGGUGGUUGUUGUUGUUGUUCUUGUUGCUCGGCCUGAGGUUGGACAGCGGGGCUUUCGAGCUUGGGGCCUUCGGCGGACAUUGUGAUGGUAGUGGUGGUGGUGCUUGUGGUUUGGGUUGGUUGUGGUGGUUGUGAAGAUGGUGGUGGGUUAUGCCCGGGGUUUGGCAAUGGUUAGUUGGUGUUUGGUGGUAAAGAGUGACGCAGUGGGAUGGGUUGCGAGAAGCUGGACAGAAUUGAGUCGAAGGGGGAGGUUUCAACAAACAAGCAGCAAGUCGCAGGCGCUUCUCGCUUUUAUGAUGAGCCUCCUGAGUCCAAUUUCGACAAUUUCAGGGGCUCCACGGGCCACCGCAUCGUUGGGAACGUCGCCUGUCCCAUCUCGGCAGAUGCUGAGGCUGCAGCGGCGCAAUGAUCCUGAAAUGGAUGCGACGUCCAUCUCGUUUGCGAUGCCAAGCCGCAACUAUCGCGAUGUCAAUAUGCCAAGACAAUGGUGGCGUCGGGCCGUUUGUGCUUGCAUUGCCGGGCCAGUCGGACCGGAGGCCGAGAUCCUUGGCGGAAAAAGGGGCGACUUGAGACGAAGUAAGCUAUGGGACGGAUCGACGAUGAAUAUGCAUUUGCAUUGCCGACAAGUCGAUCUCUUCCUUCGGCAUUGCUCGGUCACUAGGGUGGAUGGAGAGAUGAGAAAUGACCAUCCUCUUGUCGUUGACAUCGCCCAAUCUCAGCGUGGUCAUGUUCACAGAUUCAUGCACAGUACCGUAAUGGGAAAAUGCACCAGGCGGUUAUGAUACUUCGCAUUCCAGGGAUACAAUCUGCCGUUGAUGCGUCAACUAGCAUUCCCACCGCAAAUAGCAUUCCCAGCACAACUACCGUUCCAA